AUUCUCCAAUGGCGUCUUGAAAAUGGGUGGUGAGAAGGAGCCAGUGCCAAGACCCAAAAAAUGGCCCUUGGGGUCUCUUCUCGCACCAGGGGCCGAGGUCAUUCAGGGCCUUUAUAUUGAUGCAGAACCCACAGACACGGAUCACGGAGACCUUACUGACAUAGAGGACAAGGAUUUCAGAGCAGAUGCUGAGUGUAACCAGAAAAGAGUGAGCUGGGAUACGGCACAUCGUUGCUUUAUUGAUGCGGGAGGUGUGGCCUGUCUUUCACGCAGGAUUGCAGAAUGUAGAUUGUGGCCUGUUGAGAUCAUGAAGGCCAUACAGACAGCACCAACCAAAGGUGGGAAGACAAGACAG